UAUAAAAAAAUAUAAAAAUUCUUGAAGUUUUAAACUUCAUUUUGCUGUGUGAGUGUGCAACUGUCCAGUGCGCCGACUGCAUUGUGCAAAAACUUGGUGCCUACACCUGUGUGAAUUAAAUAAAUUUAUGUUACGUUACACAGUAAUCUUACGGUUGUAGUCGUACGAAGUGACGUAUUUUGAUUAACUUGUUUGUUGGUUGAUUAUACUAGAUAUAUAUGUAGGGUAAUAUGCCUUGCGACUAGUCGUUUUCACAGUUAUGUGUUUUACCAAUUUUAUCAAUUUCUGCUAAUUAAAGAAGUUCCAGCUUACAGGUAGUAUUUUUAAAGCUCAUAUUUUUUAUCAACAUCCGACAAAAUGUUCGGCAAGAGAAAUAAGGAAGAGAAGAAAGAACGACGGCCCAGAAAUCCUGAUGUUCUAGCUCAGUUUGGUAUUUUUGAAGUCCCAGAUUUAGAUGGCAUUGGUGGAUCAAUGGAUGAUGGUGAUGAUGAGGAUUUGGAGGCUGAGCUGGCUGCAUUGACUGCUGGCGAUGAACCCAGAAAACUAGCUCGUAGAAAACCUCCUCCCAAGCCAGUAGUUGAUAUUGACAAAUUAGUUAACGAAAGCUUGCAAGAUAUUAAGUCUGAUGAAGAAUUGUCAGGUGACGACGAUGAUCCAGAACUAUUGAAUGAGUUGAAAGCUAUCACUAUGGGUGAAGUUGAAGAACUUGCACCAGAUACAUCUGAACCACCAUCAGAUGUUGUUACAAAUGAGACUACUAAACUAUUAGAGCAGCGCUUGGUAAUGUAUAAGGUUGCUGAAAAGAAAGCUAAAUCUGAGAAUGAAACGAGUAAAGUGAGACGAUUUGGUAGAGGAAUCAAAACAUUGGAACAUUUGCUGGCUACUAGUAGGGCAGGUGGAGAAAUUGAUCAGAGUGAAAUUCCACCUGAACUUUCACCAUCUGCAAUAGGAACUGCUCCUGAAAAACCACCAGCAGAUAUACUAGCCCCAAAAGAUACAGUAACCUCACAGUCAACAUCAGCUUCUGAACCUAUUUCUCCUGAAACAGAAACAGUAGAUCAGUCUACAGCUGAGCCAGAACAAAAGAUUGAAGAGUCAUCACCAGUAAAUGUAGAUACUGAAAAAUUGAACAUUCUAACAAAUCGUCAGAAAGAGUACAAGAUUGCGGCUCUAGCUUGGAAAAAAGUUGGCAAUCACGAUGAGGCUCUGAAGAAUAUCAAAAUUACUAAACAAUUUGAUGCUGUGAUAAAUGCAGUCUCACAUGGUGAAACAGUUGAUUUGUCCGAUAUGCCACCAAGUCCAUCGCUGCCUGGUGUAUCAGCUACUGUUGAGCCAAUAUCUGAUGAUGGAAAGCAGGAGAAUGAAAGCCAGCAAGCUACUCAACCUAAUCCAGCUGUAGAGCCAAAUAUGCAAUCACUAGAAGCAGCUUUGAAAGAACGCUUAGAAGUUUAUCGUCGCACCAAGACAGUCGCCGAAACUGAAGGAAACUCAUCGAAAGCUCGACGUUAUGGUCGCAUAUGCAAACAAUUUGAAGAUGCUUUAAAACUACACGCUAAAGGAAAACCAGUUCUUGUAGAAGAUUUGCCUGCACCUCCGGGUUACCCUUCAUUAACUGCAUUUAGUGAAGCUAAACCAGCAUCUGUUAAACUAGCACCGACCAUUGUAGAACCCUCAGAACCAAGAGAAGCAAAUGAACCGUUAAAACCGAGUCCAAGACCAAGUCCAAAACCAAGUCCAAAACCAAGUCCUCAGCCGAGUCCUAAUCCGUCAAGAAAAACUCCAGUUGUUCCUCCUCGAACAAAUUCAGACAAGAAGAAAAAAUUGACAACACGAGUUGAUAAACAAAUCGAGGCGCUACAACACCGUCAACGUGAAUUAAAAAUAGCUGCUUUGAAAGCUAAAAAGGAUGGUGAUAUGGAGUUAGCACGAGAUUAUUUACGGCAAGCAAAAGGGAUUGAUCCAUUAAUUGAAGCUAGCAUGUCUGGUCUACCAGUAGACAUGAAAUCUAUCCCAUUAUCCCCCAAUGCAAAACUUCAGUUAGACGAAGAAGACACUGAAUCUGUGAAACUCAGUGAUGACGGUUUUACUAUCAUAUCGUCGUUGGAUUGUUCUGAGGCUACUGGUGAUGAUAAACAAAUUUAUGAUAACCUCGAAACUCAGUUAAAAAAGCAGAUUAAGUGGUGCCUGACUACAAGAGAUCAUUGCAAAGCUCUUGGUGAUGUACCGAGUUGUAACAAGUGGAGUCGUUUAGCAUUAGAAUACACAAAAGAUUUAGACAUGGUUAGAGUAAAAAAGAGAGAUGGUCUUCCACCUCCACAACAUCAUUAUGAAAUCAAAACGUAUUCCAUCGUGCAGAGCUGCACAGAUCUAACUGACGCAGAUAUAGAAAUAUCAAUAAUUAGGGGUAUAAAUUAUACCAAAGAAAAUGAUACUUACGUUAUAUUUGAAUUGCCGUUGCCUACCGAUACUCCAUCGACUGAUACAACUUCAACGAUUAGAGAUACUAAUAGUCCAGAGUAUAAUGCAGUGUUUCCAUUGACUGGAAUCAUCGAUCGUAAAUCAAGACAAUGCCAGAGGGUUUUCAAGAGACAUGCUUUAAAAUGCCAAGUUUGGUCUAAAAAAUGCUCGUGGAAUCCUAUCCUGUGUUGCACUCAUCCAAGAGGAUUUUUCCGGGCUGACAGUCUUGUAGGAACUGUGAACAUCAAGCUUCAGCCGCUUGAAACUAAAUGCAUCUUACAUGAUUCAUUUUUAUUGAUGGAUGGACGCAAGGCUGUAGGCGGUAAAUUGGAAGUGAAAAUCCGCCUCCGAAAUCCUAUUCUCACGAAACAAAUUGAACAAAACACCGACAAAUGGUUAGCAAUCGACCACUAACGUUCACGCCUUAUAGAUGCUUCUAAAGCCUUUUCUCGCUAUGGGAAACUUGUAAAUAAUAAUCGAGAUUCUCCCAGCUGCUGCGUAAAAAACAAUACUAUGUAAAUACACAAGCGGGAAAAGUAUUAUUUUUGUUAAUCGCCCGUUGUCGAUAUUGUCAUUUUAAAUUACUAUUUUACGUGGUGAUUAUUAAUUUUUAUAUUCGCAACACAACGCUUUGUAAAUGUUCUUGUAUUAAAAAAAUAAGAGCGAGAAAAGAAUAUACGAUAUUCUGUGAUGAAAAACAAAAAAAGAAGAUAUUAUUCAACAAGCGUCCCUCUCGUGCUAGGCAGAAAAAAAAAGUAAUUCACGCAGCUGACUUGGCAUUUUCCAAGGAACAAUACAUCAGGUGAAUUCCACUAACAAACUAUUGUCCGGUAAUCGUUCCUGCUGCUAGCUAUUUUGGAUUUGCGGCCUGCACUGCGGGAGGCAACCCCCUCCCCCGUUUUACUCCUCUCGUUGUUGGUUCUUUGAUUCUCUCCGUGCUGUGGAAAUUCGCACUGUGAGCAGCAGCGCGGUAAACGCUUCAAGCGGACGACCCGUGUGUGCGGCUGCAACUAUAGACUAUUGUGCGCGCCAACACGCGCUUGCUAAAGGGUUUAAGUGAUGCGUAAUUCAAGGGCUAUUCGGCUGCUGCUGCUGCUGCCGCGCCAUUUGAUACAUUUUACAUGUUGUCUGUUUCUAUUCACGGUGUAUCAAUGGUUAUUUGGCUUAUAUUUGAUUUCGAUAUUUGCUUCCGAUGAGCCUUGUAAAUUGUAUUUACACGUGUUGCGCAACUGGUUUUCUUUUCUUCAAAUUUUCUUUCAAACGCAUUUGCAAAUUGAUUAUUAGACAUUUAAAUUAAUUUUUGUGUUAUUUUUUUAUAGAGAUUACAUCCGAACGUUUUAAUUAGUAUUAUGAAUGAAACAAUGUAUUUCAUCGUUAAUCAUAAUCUAUGUAUGUUAAAAAACCAAUAUUUCUUUUUUGGCGUAUGUAAACGUAAAUUUGAGAGACGAACGUCUUUUUUAAUAACGCGAUUCUCCUUACCGUUAGAACUUGAAAUUUAUAGCUAAAAUGUGAAUGCUAUUUAGAGACGAGUACAAUUAAUGUUUUAUAAUGGAUCAUUUCUCCUAAUUAACGAACUACGUUUUCUCCGCACCGGCAGCGAAAGAAAAAAAUGGUACGUAUCUUCAAUGAAAGAAGUCAGCAGCCUCGCAUCGAUUUGACGUCACGUGCAUCGCGCCCUCGACGAGCACAGCGCACCGUGGGACGUCGCUGCAGCUCUGCUUGCAAGUGCACGACAAACACGCAUUUCUCGCACCUCAGCAUGCAGCCCCGCGUGAAAAAGGAUAGGAAGACGGAGCAAAGAAUCGAGCGGCAGGCGCGCAGACGAGUCGCGAGCGCGCGAGUUUGCCGUCGAAUUACUAACGGUCCAGCAGCGUUGUUGACUUGCGGGCUAGCGAAUUAACGAUGUUUACCGACUCUCUCAACCCUUUCGCGUUGGUCCGCCGAGAGAGAGAGGGAGAGAGAGAGAGAACAAUGGCUCGCGUAUUUUUCCUCGAAGGACACGUGCGAUUAUUUGGCCUGCGCGUGUAUAUAUACACGUACGCGUGCUCCCUGCCUUAUCGCCGCUCUACGGCGUGCAAUGGUCGCUCCGGCCGCAUUAUCUAAUUGCCGCGCGAGUGUGUAACGGCGCACGCGGUGUUUCCAGUCCAAUAAAAAAGCGUUCGUGUGCCACUCUCCAGUUGCCUACCGCGAAGCCGCGCAUCUAAUCUUUGCAAUGCGCGACAAAGAGCGCCUUCCUUUUUUUCUUUUUGUUAACUUCAUCGCGGCUACUGGAUAUCGCGAAUGAGCUCCGGCGGGCUUGUGUUUCAAAAUAAUCGUGUCGGUUUUGUAGAUCGACGUCUACGGAGAGCGAGAUUUUUCGAUAUGGAAAUAACAAUGUUCGGGCGCUUUAUCGGCACGGUCUUGUUAUCGGCAGCUGCUCGCCGUGUUUAGAGAGGAAAAUCUUUGAAUUGACUUCGUUUGUUUGCGAAAAUUUUUUCGUUUUUAGAAAUUGUGCGUUAUCAAGCUGAUAAGUUAUUGUUUUGAAGACUCACGAUGCACACAUAGUCUUCGAUCGACAAGUUAUUUAUUCGUUAGAUGUGCGAGAACACGAUUGGACAUAUAGCGCUGUUUAUCUCGCGGCCGCGAUGUUUACAAAAACUCUAGUUUGAAGUGAAAUCGAGUCCGUUCAAAAUUAACUCCACGAAGAUAUAUGUAACGACGUCGCGCACUUGUCAAGGAAAUGCGACGCGGUGAACUCAUUUCUUUGGAAAUAACUUUGUGCGCAAUUUCACGGUCCUUGCAAUCACGAUGGUCGCGCAUUAUAGAAGAGCUAAACAAUGUUUUACCUGUACAUUCCAAUCAGCUCGAAAGCAGAUCUCUUCUAUUUGCCAAUCAUUAUAGCCGCUGCCGAGCAAAUAAUUGCGCGAUGGAAAUACCACGGUGCAUCCAUGCGCACAGGUACACCUCUCUCUCUCUCCAUCAACUCUUUCUCUCUUUCUCCGUGUCUAUCUCGGGUGCAUGCAUUUCGCAAUCUCAGCGCUUACAUCUCUUCGGCCAAUAUAAUGAGCAUUUACACUUGAAUCACCGAAGCGCGAAGCCUGUACAAACUCUUCUCUCUCUCUCUCUCUCUCUCUCUCUCUCUCUCUCUCUCUCUCUCUCUCUCUCUCUCUCUCUCUCUCUCUCUCUCUCUCUCUCUCUCUCUCUUUCUAAUUUGCCGAAAAUAAAACUGAAUAAAAACGCUCGGAUUUCCGCUGACGCCCGCUAUACGACGAACGGUGUCCGCGUAAAGUCAAAAGGCCAUCCGACACUUCAG